AUGGACCCGCCAAUAUACUACUCUCGUGCGGAGUACAUCGAAACGGACACAGGGAACAAGGUCUCGCGUCGGGCGACUAUAGCAGGGCCACAGAAUAUCAUACUCGGCGGGAAGACCAUCAUUGCGAAUGGUGCCAUCAUCCGUGGCGACCUGCGACGAACAGGACCCGGGCACGCGGUCGUCAUUUCGCUCGGACGAUACUGCCUGGUUGGCGAAGGUUGCGUUAUGAGGCCUCCGUACAAGACAUACCGCGGAAACUUCAAUUAUUACCCCAUGAAGAUCGGCGACCAUGUCCACAUUGGGGCGAACACGGUGGUCGAAGCGGCGACCAUCGGCAACCAUGUAGAGAUCGGAAAGAACUGUGUUAUCGGCAAGUUCACCAUAAUCAAGGACUGCGCCAAGAUUGCCGACAAUACAGUGGUCCCACCAAAUACUGUAAUACCGGCACUGUCGUUGUUCGCUGGUUCCCCAGGGCACUUCGUGGAGGACCUCCCCGAGUCUACGCAAGAGCUGAUGGAGGCCCAAACGAAACAAUAUUAUACGCGAUUUCAACCGCUUCCAGCAGAACGUUGA